AUGUCAACCAAAGCUUCCAAUCAACCUGGUCGCCGUACUCCACUAUCCUUAACUGGCGGUAUGAACAAAGGCCCAAAUAGCAACAAUAAUAGAGGUGGCGGCAAUAAUUCGGCCAAUGGUCAUACCAACAAUAAUAAACAAGACAAUAGAAAUCAACACCAUAAGACUGAACAACAACAACAACAGAAUAAUCACCAAAAACAACAACAGUCUGAGAAUCCAGGAAAAGGUGGUGGCCACAAUAAGCCACAAAAUGAAUCGAAAAUUCCCAAACCACAUACAAGUCAAAAUUCCGAUAACAAAAAUCAGAAACAGCAGCAACAAAAUGCUGCGGACAAUAAAAAAUCCACGGAAAAGCAACAACAAAAUGGUGUUGCUACCACAAAUAACAGCAAUGGUAAUAACAACAAAACUAACAAUCAACAACAAUCCAAGGAUAAUAAGACGGCGACAACAACCCAACAACAAGCUAAGGAUAAUAAGGCAGCUGCAGCUCAAACGGAUAAAAAGAAUGAGGUACAAGAGAAAAUUGAAAAAGAGCAAACUACUCCAGUGGUAGUAGAUAAAUCCGAAAAAGAAGAACAGACGUCUAAACAACCCAAGGAAGAUGUUAAGGAGCAGGACAACGUGGCUAAGCAAGAAGAAAAUGAGGAAAAGAAAGAGGAAAUUGUUGCAACCGGCAAACAAAAUAGCAACAAUGUUGAAGACAACACAAAUCAAGAUAAAAAUAAGGAAGAGGUUGUUGAACGUAUGGAUGUGGCUGAAGAAGAGGAGGUGGAGGCACAACAAUCAAAAGAAGAUUCUCAAAUGUCGGCACCACCCACCCCAAAAUCUGUAAAAGAAACUGCAAAAGCAUCCAACACACCGAAUAGAACACCAAAUAAAAGCUUGGAAAAGACCCCAACAAAAACAUCUUCCUCGGUGGAGAGUACUCCGAAAAAGGCGGCCAAUGAGAAAACACCCAUUAAAACUACACCCACAAUACGUGAGGUUACCACGGCCAUUGAUGAUGUUGACAUGGAGCCAUUGGCUGUAGAUCAUUCGCCCAUAAAACCGCAGGCCACCAACGAAGGCUUGGCUCCAUCGGCCACCUCAACCCCGGGCAAAAUUGUUUUGCCAAAACGCUCAGCCGUUGCCAAGAGCGAUGUCCAACUGGCCAUGCAGCCAUCGUCUUCACCCGAACGCCCCCGCGCUUUUUCACAGAUCUCCGGUAGACGUGCUAUACGCCCCAUUACCGAAUAUACACCAUCCAAGUUUCAGAGCAAUCCACAAUUCCGUGAAUCAUACAGGCGCAUCAACACCGAAUUGGAUGCCACCAAUACCAGUUUGAAUGUCACCGUGGGUUCGGAAAUUCCCAAUAACUCCUCGUUUUCAUUCUUUGGCGGACGUGGUCGUAAACGUGAACGCACUCCUCCCCAUCACCACUCACAGUCGGCCAUUGGAGAAUUACCAACCGAUAUGGAAAUAUCACCGCCAAAACGGGCCCGACUUGAUUUCUUCAGCGUUGUUUCAUCGCCCCUAUCUUUGCUGCGUAACCGUUUCUCAAAGGCAACCCUGCAAAGCAGCACACCCGUCAAAUUGCAACAGAAAUUGGAGGAAAAUGAAGACGAUGUAGAGGUGCAAAAUGUUUCUGGUGUAUCGGUACAUGAAGAUAUCGAAGAAAAACAAACCGAAGAAGUAAAGGAAACCUCAGCUGCCGACACAACCCUGGGCGUUGAAGCAAUUGCGGACGGCGAUGUUGAUGAUAAGACCACUGCCGCCCACACAGAAGGUGAAUUGGAAAUUGGCGAUAAUGGCACCAAGGAAUUGCCCCAGAAAAUAUCCGCCGAAGAUACCGAAGGAGACAUUAAAAUCACAGUUACCGAUAAUGUGGCUAAAAAUAAGAGAUGUAUUGUUAUGUAA